AUGGCUGCUGCUGACACAGCGACUUGGACGCCGCCCACUGGCAACAGCUCACAGUUCGGCAAGGAUCGACCAGUGACCAUCACAGCGAACGCAGACAACAGCAUAGAAAUCAAGCCCAAUCGAGGUGCAACCAUCUCAGACAUAGAAGCCAUAGGACCGGAGUCAGAACCUCUACGGCAAUGGCAGAAGAGAGUGGGAAUCGAUAGAUCCAAGCAGGUCAAGCUUGUGAAGCUGGCUCACAUGCGUUACCAGCACCCUGACCUGCCGAAGAUCCGGAAGUUCUUGAUAGAUUUUGGCAUGCAUAUUGCAAAAGAGACGGAAGAAGAAAUCUGGUUUCGAGGGUACGGCACAGAUCAAUACGUAUACUAUGCACGAAAAGGCGAGAUGAAAUUCCUCGGUGGCACAUACGAAGUGGAAUCAAUGGAAGAGCUGGAAAAAGCGUCAAAACUGCCAGAAGCACAGGGACCAAUCGAGGAGAUAAAGGACGCCCCUGGAGGAGGAUAUUUCCUUACCCUUCAAGAUCCAGAAGGCUUCCCUGUCAAUCUAAUGUACGGUCAGACUCCAGCAGCCACAGGAGCAGAGUGGCCAGAAAAGGUCAUAUACAAUUACGAAGGAGAAGACAAACCUCGCGUGAGGAAGUUCAAUCGCUUCACGCCUGGUCCAGCCGCUGUGCAUAAGCUUGGUCACUACGGACUUUGCGUACAGAAGUUCCCAGAGCAACUUGAGUGGUACACCAGGACCUUCAAUCUCGCACCCACCGACUUCCUUUAUAUUCCCGCUGGCGACGGCAAAACGAAGGACGUCGCGGUCUUUGCACACAUCGAUCGAGGCGAGACAUGUGUCGAUCACCAUACUUUCUUCAUGUCAACCAAUCCCACAUCGCAUGUACACCACGCCUCUUUUGAAGUACAUGACUACGACACGCAGCAACUUGGACAUCAAUGGUUAGGGAAGCAAGGCUACACAAGUGUAUGGGGCAUCGGAAGGCAUAUUCUGGGUUCUCAGAUAUUCGACUAUUGGUGGGAUACAACGGGGAACAUGAUCGAGCAUUAUGCGGACGGUGAUCUGGUCAAUCAAGAUACACCUGUGGGCUGGGGACCAGCUGGCGAUGAGAGCCUGGCAGUCUGGGGUCCUGAAGUUCCGAGCUGGUUUCUGCACUAA